UCGACUGCGUAAAAAACAAAGCGACGGGAACAGAAACUCUGGCGCCCUGUUCAACUCCAGCGAGUCGAGCAACCGGAGCCGGUGUUUCGUUCCGUCUCCCUCCCGCUGAGCGAGCCUCCUCUCCGGGCGAUGGAGCACGGCAGAGAGCGGGUGGUGGCGCUGGUGGACAUGGACUGUUUCUACGUGCAGGUGGAGCAGAGGCUGGACGCCGCUCUGAACAACACUCCCUGUGUGGUGGCCCAGUACAAGACGUGGAAAGGAGGCAGCAUUAUAGCUGUGAGCUACGAGGCCAGGGCCCAUGGGGUCACCAGGAACAUGUGGGUGGACGAUGCAAAGAAACUGUGCCCAGACCUGCAGGUGGCACGAGUGCGUGAGUCUCACGGCAAGGCAGACCUGACGCAUUACAGGGACGCGAGUGUGGAGGUGAUUGAGGUGAUGUCUCGCUUUGCUGUGAUUGAGAGAGCCAGCAUCGAUGAGGCCUACAUGGAUCUGACGGCUGCGGUCCAGCAGCGGCUGAAAGACAUGGCCGACAAACGAAUAGAGCCUCACCUGCUGAGGGCCACUUACAUCCAAGGGUACCCACAAAGCUCAACUGACCUGGAAGCAGCUGAAGAAGAUUCUGUGUUAGAUAAAGAGGAGCUGAGGUCCAGAGGUCUCCAGCAGUGGCUGGAAUCCUUACCUGUUCUCCUGACAGGGGCGCAGAGCUCUGCAGAAGUGCAGCUGACUGUGGGGGCGAUCAUUGUUGAGGAGAUGAGAGCAGCCGUGGAGAAAGAUACAGGAUUCAGCUGUUCAGCAGGAAUAUCGCACAAUAAGGUACUGGCUAAACUCGCCUGUGGACUGAACAAACCUAACAGACAAACUGUUCUGCCUUUGGACUCUGUAACAGAACUUUUCAACACUUUACCCAUCACCAAGAUUCGUAACCUGGGGGGUAAGCUGGGAGCCUCCAUUAAAGAAACUCUGGGAAUAGAGAACAUGGGAGAUCUGACUCGCUUCACGCAGGACCAGCUGGGGCAGCACUUUGGAGAAAAAACAGGCCAGUGGUUGUAUGAGUUGUGUCGGGGGAUUGAUUUCGAAGCAGUGAAACCCAGACAGCUUCCCAAGUCCAUCGGCUGCAGUAAAAACUUCCAAGGGAAAACAUCACUGGCCACGAAAGAGCAAGUACAGUACUGGCUUCAUCAACUGGCUCUUGAGCUGGAGGAGCGGCUGACCAAGGACAGAGAAGUGAACGGGCGAGUGUUUAAGCAGCUGACAGUGGGUGUACGUCAGCUCGGGGAUAAGAAGCAGAGCAGCUUCUCUCGCUGUUGUGCUUUAGUGCGCUACGAAGCAACCAAAAUUUCUAGUGACAGCUUUGCCAUAAUCAAGAGCCUGAACACAGCAGGAAACCACCAGGCCACAUGGGCUCCAGCUCUCACCCUGCUACACCUUUCUGCGAGCAAAUUCAGUGAUGCUCCAUCAGCAGGGGGGAUGGCUGGUUUCCUUUCCAGUGAUGUCACCUCGACCCAGAGCCUCUUCUCCACCACUCAGUCCUCCACCCAGCCGACCUCGGAACUGAAGAAUAACUCGACAUGCAAACAACCCGGCACCAUUCAGUCCUUCUUUCAAAAGGUGGCUGAGAAACAAAAACUGAAGGUGAUGAAAGAAGAAGAUGAGGAGGAGGAGGAGGAAGAUGAUGGAGUCUCCAAAGGAAUUUCCCCAUGUUCCUCCUCCUCUCAUAAAACAUCUGGAACUGGUAGUCAGUUGGUGACAGAUGCCAAUAGCUCAGUUUCGUCACUUUCAUCUCACUCUAAAAGCGAUUCGAUCAGCCCCCAUCCUGGCAUUUCCUCUUUCUUCCACAAAAAGAGUCUUGAGAGAAGCCUCCAGGCCUCAGCACCGACACUGAGCAGCACUGAAGCAGAAGUCGGACCUGGGAGUGUUAAUAAAGAGGUGGAAUUAGAAGACACUGUUGCUGUUUUGUCAGGCCUGCAGGAAAAAACUAUCUCAGAGGUUACAUUUCACCAGACACCAUGUGAAGAGUUAAAGGAUGAAGUGGACACUGGUCCAGAGGGAGAUUCCCAUCCUGCCAGUGUGGCCAGAGAGGACCUCUUAAACUGUGAACACUGUGGCCAGGACGUGUUGGUCUGGGAAAUGCCUGAACACAAUGAUUAUCACUUUGCCCUGGACCUCCAAAAUUCACUCUCUUCUUCAUCUGUGGGUUCAUCAUCUGUCUCUGCCUCUUCCUCCGCAUCUCUGCUCAGGGUGGCUGCAGCCGGCACGACCCAGUCCGCCCGGGGCAAGACAAAAAACAGCGGCCAGUCAGGACCACAACCAAAAAGACCCCGCUCUCAGAGUGGAAGAACGACCACUCUGGAUUCUUUUUUUAAGAAGAACUGAACAUGUACUGUAGAAAACCUUUUUUAAUUAAAAUAAUAGAAAUGCUUACAAUGUAAUUUGCUCUUAAAUGGAUUGAAAGCCAUAAUGUAACAGUGCCUUUAAUGAUUGAUGGUAAUACACUAUAUCUCAUAAGUUAUGUAAGCUAAAACCUUCAGAAAUUAUUUUGCCAACCUGAGUAUAUUUAGGAUUCUUGUAGUAUUCUGACCUACCAGCAGGGGCCACUAGUCAGUAUAUUAGUGAACUCAAGAGAUACACGUUUUGUAAGAGUAUAGAUUUGAAUAUAAAUUGAGCUGGCGUGCACUCAGGGAUCCAAAUAUUACUUUAAGUAACAUUUCUUCUCACCUGUCCAACAUUCAGGUUGUUAGAAACAAUACAAAACAGUUGUAAAACUCAUUGUUUUUCACGUAGACAUUCCUAAUUCAAACUACAAACGGAAACUGACUUAUUAAAGGUAAUGUUUGUUCUAAGGCCUGUGAUAUAAAAGCAUCUGCCUAGUUCUUUAAUAAUUUAAUGCCAUACAUAAUGUAAAAUCAUGGGUUGAUUGGACCGUUAAUAUUCUCAGUGCCUUGUCAUCCUGUUUUGGUUCCACUCUGCUACAGCUGUUAUGCACAAUCGUGAAAGACAGUUUAUUGACUAGAUUACUCUAGUCAAUUAUUAGAUAGGAAGCAGAUAAGGAGGAGGGAGCACUUCAAGGAUAAUAAUAAAUAAAAAAAAUUUAACUAAAUUUUGGGGAUUGAGAGUUUCCUGUGACAUGUGAGCCAUGACGGACAACAAAACAAAUAAAGACAAUAAAAGUUUUAUUCAUGUACAUCAUGACACACAAA